UAUUUUCUAAGUUAUUCAACUAUAUUAAGGAGUUCUCAAUUCCCUAUGAAUUUAUCAUACUUAAAAUUUAGGCACAUGGAUAAGCACAUGUAAGACAUCACCUCUGUUUCAUUUUUCAAUUCUUUCAUUCUUUUGAUUAAUUUUUUUAUAUAUCUCUUCCCUUUUUCCUUCAACUGAACUUUCAACGUCUGUCAGCUUUCCACAAAACCUUCAAACCAAAUUAAAGAUAAAAAAAAUUCGUUUUUGCCAAAUUUAGUAAACCAGCACUAUCAACUAGGAUUUAAUUCCUUCCUGAAAAUCCUCCUAAUUACUUCAUCAACUUCUUUUUUUCUAUUUUUAGUUAACCUGCCUAGCUCUAAAUAACUAUAAAUAGUCCUACAAACAUCUCUUUUGGUACUCAAAAUCAUUCUUCCCAUUAUAGAAACUAUAGCAAUACAUUGUUUUAAGAAAACUAAUUAAUGGCUUCUUUUACUAGAGCAUUAAGCUCAUUCUUUGCCUUGCUCCUCCUCUUCCUAGCUUUUGUAACAGAAGCUAGGAAUCUUAAUAAAUUAGGAUUUGUUAGAACAAAAGGAGCCCAUUUUGUACUAAAUGGAUCACCAUUUCUCUUCAAUGGUUUCAACUCGUAUUGGCUAAUGCAUGUUGCAGCUGACCCAACUCAGAGAUACAAAGUCUCAGAGGUUUUUCAGGAAGCCUCUGCUGCUAGCCUUUCUGUAUGCAGGACUUGGGCUUUUAGCGAUGGAGGUGAUACUGCAUUGCAAAUAUCUCCUGGAGUCUACGAUGAACGUGUUUUUCAGGGAUUGGAUUUUGUGAUCUCGGAAGCAAAAAAGUAUGGUAUACGUUUAAUAUUGAGCUUCGUGAAUAACUACAAAGAUUUUGGAGGGAGAAAUCAAUAUGCUCAAUGGGGGAGAAAUGCAGGAAUUCAGAUUAACAGUGAUGAUGAUUUUUACACUCAUCCAGUUCUUAAAGAUUAUUACAAAAACCAUGUUAAGAAAGUAGUGACAAGGGUCAAUACCAUGACUGGAAUAGCAUACAGGGAUGACACUACAAUAAUGGCAUGGGAACUUAUGAAUGAGCCUCGUUGCGAUGCUGAUUAUUCUGGAAAAACAGUUCAUGGAUGGGUUCAAGAGAUGGCUAGUUUUGUGAAAUCACUGGACAGAAAACACUUGCUGGAGAUAGGAAUGGAAGGAUUUUAUGGCGACUCAAUGCCUGAAAAAAAGCAAUUUAAUCCUGGUUACCAAGUUGGAACAGAUUUCAUCAGUAGCAAUCUUAUUACGGAGAUCGACUUUGCUACUAUACAUGCAUACACUGACCAAUGGUUGUCAGGACAAAGUGAUGAUGCUCAAGGAGUAUUCAUGCAAAGGUGGAUGACAAGUCAUUGGCAAGAUUCAAGAACCAUAUUAAAAAAGCCAUUGGUGCUUGCUGAAUUUGGAAAAUCUAGCAAAGAUCCAGGAUACAAUCAAAAUGUUAGAGACAGUUUCAUGAGCUCAGUUUACAGAAAUGUGUACAAUUUCGCGAAAGCGGGAGGAACAAUGGCAGGGAGCUUAAUAUGGCAACUGGUGGCACAAGACAUGAGCAACUUUGACGAUGGUUACUCAAUUAUCUUAGCACAAAAUCCUUCAACUGCAGGACUCAUUUCAGGCCAAUCUCAUGCCAUGACAGCUUUGGCUCAUUUGGUUAAUAGCCCCAAUGUUCAUCAUUUUAGCCAGUCAAAUGGAGUUCCUAUCCAUGGCCAUCAUCCAUUAGGUGUUGGACAUCACCCAUUGGGAGUGGGACAUCAUCGUUUUGGUCGAUGAGGUCAUCCAAAUAAAGCAGUUCCAUAAGGGGGUUUGCACAAAUGGCCUUUUUUGGCCACUAUUUAAAUGAUGUCUCCUACUAGUUCUGUGGGCUAUAUUUGUGCAAAUUUAGCUCAUUUAGCUAACGGUGAGAGAAUUUAAAGAGGCCUAAAAAAAGACCAUACGGUGCAAAUAAUCUGUUGCAUGGAAUGCUGUGUGGCUUAAUUAGACGAUUUUUAGGUCCGGUUUACUUUUAAGCUAUCUAGUUUCAACUGUUAUUGUUGCUCUGGUUAAUAUUCCUGAGUACUUCUAUGGUUAAUCUGUAAUAUUGCAACCUAAAACUUUAAUUUGGAACUGCAUUAGCAGAAGUUAAUGUAAUUAAGGUUGAUUAACCUCU